UACCUACUUUUUUCUGACGUACACGCAUAGGUGUACACAUCUUUGACACAUUAUAAUAACAUGUCAAUUCCCAUUGAUUAUUCAAGUUGACAGAUCGAUAACAAUAUAUAUUGCGUCUUAUCAGUAUGGUGUUGCAGUACUUGCAGUUCCACGAAUAUACAAAUUGUGUAGUGCAGAUCGUUGGUUUUUCUAGUUUAUAAAAACAUCUUUCGUGUUUAUUGUUCAUUGUUUACAAUAUAAUGACAUCUACCGAACUUUUAGUUCUUAGUAAUUCGUGUGAAGAUACUUGCGUCCGAAAAAAUUAUUACAAUAAUUAAUAUUAAUUAUGGAUUUCAUUAAUAUUUUACCAUUUGGUUCUACUAUUGAUUCAGAAAAUCAUAGACUUAAACAGUAAUUACUCCGGUAAUAAAUAGUCAUUAUAUCUGUACCGUCCAUUUUGAUCAAAUCUUGAUCAAUAAAUUCAUGAAAUAUGAACAAAACUCAUGAAAACAGUGAUAAAGGAGUGAUACAGCUUCCAGGUUGGCUCAAUCCUAAUUCUAAUAUUUUACCUCCUAUUUACAAAAAAAUUUGGGAAACUGUUCGUGAAAAUCAAUUGGAGAUUGGUCAUGUGCAUAGAGAUGCUUUUGUUGAUACCAAUAAAAUUUUCCCUCUCUUAUUAACAAGUCAAUUAUCUACUGAAAUUCUUGGUUACAUUUGGAGCUUAGCUAAUCAAAAGCAUGCUGGACAAUUAACUGAACAAGAAUUAUAUAUUGUUUUAGCUCUAGUAGCUCUAGCUCAAUCAUCUUAUUCUUUCAAUAGUUUAGAUGUUUUGAACCACAUUAAAAUUCCUCCUACUCCACAUCUCAAUCUAUCUAUAUUUAAUUCAAACAAUGUAAUUGGGAAAAAUGAAAUGAAAUCUCCUUCACUUGGAGAAAAUCCUUCAACUGUGGAUACUUACAAUAUUGAUAAAAAUCAUGACAGUUCUUCUAAAUACUAUAGCACUCAGUCCAGUAAUUCUACCAAUAAUUUUGGAGCUCUAGUAUUCAAUCAUGGAAAUGAAAAUUUAAAAGAUAGGAAAAUCUCUACCAACUACCCAUGCUAUGAAACUGAUUCAAAACACUCAACAUCUUAUUCAGCAGAUUUAAAUGAUGACUUUUCUGAUUUUCAAAGUGCACCAAUAACUACCACUUCAUCUAGCUUAUGGGAAACAAAACAAGGAUCUGCAAUUGGAAGUCGACUAGCAAACCAUAAUCUUGGUGUCAAAAAAAUAACAGAUAAAAGUAAAAAAGUCUAUUCAAACAAAAAUUAUAAUAACCAAAGUUAUGCUAACACUUCAUCUCUAAAUAAUUUUGCACUUCAUUCUAAAGAACUACAACCAAAUGAAUACUUGUUAGAGCUUUUUCCUAAAUGCACUGUAAAAAAUCAGGCUAAGACAAUAAUUCUAAAAGACACUGCAAUUAGAAAUGUUGACUCAGUUGGGAAAAUAAAACCACCAGUUAAAGAUUUUUCAAAUACUGUUGAUGAAGUAGUAAGCAGUAAAGCAAAUUUAAAAGAAUCAAAUGAUGGUAUAAUCCAGCAAGACUUAAUGAGUUUAAAAUCUUCUGAAGAUAAAUACAGUGCUCUGAGAGCAUUAGUCAAAGAAACACCUGCCCCAGUUGACAUAAAAUCAGAGGAAGAAGUUUUUAAUGUUAAUUCUGUAUCAGAUGAUUUUGGAGAUUUUGUUUCUGCAAAUCACCCAAAACCUACCAAAAAAAGUGAAAUUUCUGAUACAAAACAUCCCUUUGAUUUAUUAGGUAAUCUUGAUUUAAACGCUGAAAGUAUAAGUGAUUCAAAUAGUAAAUCUAGUCAUCUCAUUAUUCAAGAUAAUUCUACAGAUUUUAAUGAUUUUUCCUUAAAAGAAAAUACUACUGUUGAUAGUGAAUAUAAAUUUGACAUUAUUGAUACUGAAAAAGUUGUAUCUCAAGAAGAUGGUUCUCUAGUUAAAAAUGUAGAACUGGCAUUACCACCAUCAAAUUCCUUAACUAGAUCUGGAUCUGUUCUCAGCUUAAAUUUGAAAUCUUUUUCAUCAACUAGUCAACAAGAUGAGCAAAAAUUUGAAAAUAUUCACCAAAUUAUAUACUGGGAGUGGAAACAAUAUAUGGAAAGUUGUAUUUUAUUAUUACAACUGGCUGCUAAUAUAUUCACUAACAUUUCAUCAGAUGUUGUUUUGAAUGAAGUUUUAUCUUCAGCAAAAGGAUAUAACUUUUUAGUCAACUUGGCAGAAGUUGCAGCUGUUUGUAGAAGAAUAAACUUCUCAUACAAAGAAAUAGAUGUAAAUAUUAUGGAAUUUGAUGAUCUGCUUAUUAAUAUUGAUAAAAUAUGGUCUGAAAUGGAACCCUACUAUGCAAAUAUUCCAAUUGUUACUGAAUUACCAGCCUGGCCAGUGCAAUGUUCAGAAGGCAGUUCUUGUGCCCUAUGUUUAACAAUGAUAACUAGCAAUCGAAUUAUUUACAACAAUAUUAGCUAUCAUUCAACUUGUGCAAAUUUGUGGUUACAUGCUGUCAACAAUAAUCUACCAGCACUUCAGUAUCCAGUAACAUAAUUAUUUUUUAACAGCAUAUCAAAAUUGAAAUUUUUUUUGCUCUUUUGUUAGUAUUAUAAUGUAUCAUGCCAGGCAGUAUGAGGCUUUGGUUGCAUAAAUUAAUGUGAUUAAAUUCUGACAUUUCAGAAAAAUUUUUUUACAAAGAAAUUUAAAUUUAAAUGAAUCUCAUGUAUUUUUUGUUAUUCUCUGAUUUUAUUGUUCAUUAUUUAAAGAACUUACAUUAGCUUAAAUGUAUUGCUUAUACUCAUUUUACAUAAAAAUCUUAUAAAUAAACAGUUUGUUAAUAGUGUAAAUUGAAA